ACCUGUAUAAUUUCCUAGAUUCACUGUGAGAAUCAAUCCUUUGGGUUGUAAUUGAAAAACUUAUUCUCGAAUAAACCGAUAUGGAAACCACUAAAACCGCUGAUGCUGGCUCUAAGAAUUGGUUAAAGGAGAGGGCUGCUAUAUCUGCUGCUCAUAGACGUCAGAAAACCGACCCUGCUGCAGCUCGUCUUAUCGAAAAAGCCGAUCAGUUACAUAAGGAACGUACACAGAAAAACUUACGUGAAACGGUAGAUGAGGAUGAUGAGGCAGUGGAUGAAGUCCCGGAAACUACUGUGAAAAAGAAUGAAGGUAGAGACCGUCGUACGAAUGUGAAAAGUUCAUUUCGCCGCAGUGUAGUGUUUUCAUCCCCACUAAAUUAUUCGUCGACGCCAGCUGAGGACGAAGAUCUCGAGGAUAUUGAUGCAAUUGUCAGUGUACCCCCACCUGAAGAAAUAGUUGUUAAAAUUGCCCAGAAACCUGCCGAGGAAGAUACAAUUGCAUCAAAUCAUGGCAAAGAAACAAGCGAAGAUGUAUACCGUUCAUUUGCCGAGUCAGUUCUAGAACAAGGACUAACAACAAAAUCUGAAUUGGAAUUAUCAUUUGAUCUAAAGCCCGAAGAUAUAAAAAUCAAGGAGGAGGAAGAGGAAGAGGAAGAAGAGGAAGAAGAAGAGGAAGAGGAGGAGGAGGAGGAGGAAGAGGAAGAGAAGGGAGAGGAAGAAACUCAAGAGGAUUUGAAUGAAGCUGAUAUUACAGAAGAAAAGGUACAAGAGAAAUUAAAGGAUGCAGAUGUAGAAAUUAAUCAUAAUGAAGAAAAUAAAGGUGAUGUAAAAGAUCAAGAGGAUGAUAAAUCAGAAGAAUCAACAUUAACGAAAGAAGUAGAUGUAGAUACGGUUCCAAAAAACAAUGACUAGUAAUAAUAUACUUUUUUUUAAAUGUAUUGUAUUGUAAUUUUGUGUUUAACUAGACACCAUUAUGUUUAUAUAGAGCGUUGGGUUUUUAUUAUGUAUUAUUUUAUUAUUUUAUUUUAUUUCACUUUUCGGAUGUAUCGAGUGCGAGAAUCAUGGAUUGUUUCUUCUCAAAUUUUAUCUUUAUCUCGAGCUAUAUAUUAUGAGUCAUUUAUUAAUUUAAUAUAAUGACAUAUUUCUCUUAUUUUCAAAUUUAUGUAAUAGUCAAAGCAUGCUCUAAUCAUUUUAAAUGUCAGUGAUAUUAAAAAUUUUUGUUCAGAUUAAGAUAUUUGUAUUUUGUUCCUAAAAAGUUUAUAGCAUUUUUAGAUAGGAAAAUGAAAAUGAAAUAUGUCAAAUACAGCAAUAGUUAUACAUAUUUUAGCUAAAAU